CCUCCCGUAGUAUGAAGCAGUAAAGUUUGAGGAGGGGAAAUAAGGAGAAGAUGGGGUAAAAGAGAUGAGUGCACAGGCCAGACUGCUCGGCCAUAACCUGGGAAUGUUUACGAAGGUUAUUUGAUGAUCAGCUGAUUUCACCUUUGCUUCCCGUACCUCACCUGUGUUGCCUCUGGUUUAGUGCAAGUUUCUCCCGCCAGUACUACCUGUGAAUGAUACUUUGCGUAAAUAUAUAGAAAAUAACCUUUUUACCACUUGUAGGUUGAUGAUGUCGAGUGUAAAUAAGUUGUCUGUGGUGGUACCUUUAAGUGAGGUCAGGGUACCACUCGCCCACCAAAACCACCCAAAAACAUGACAAAAUGCUCUAGAUUUUUCUUUAUACUUUUCAAUUGCUCUUUAUUUUAUAAAAGAAAUGGUGUUUUACUUCGAGUUUUGCUUGUCCCAGAUACAAGGACUGCAAACUGCCGAGUCUUGGGUGUUUUAUGGUUGUCCACUCCAAACAGUGUUGAAGGAUGGAAUUAUAGGCUGAAAUGGUAAUGCAGAUAUGGAUAUUCUGCCGCUUUUACCUGGUGUUUCUGUGUUCAAUAAUGAUGAUACACAACUUACCUAAGAACAUAAGACUGGAGGAAACUGUAGUGAGCCUAUUGGUCCAUACUAGGCAGCCCCGUUUGCACCCAACCCUUAUCACUCCUCGUAUCUGUAUCCAACCUAUAUUUGAAGCUUCCUAACGAGUUCGAGUUCAUGAUGGUGGUUGGUAAUUUAAAGAUAAGCUAAAGUGGUGUGAAAAAAUGGUUGAUACAGUCCAGGCUUGUCUCUGGUGCUGUGUGCGUGAAACAGUGAUGAGGAAGUACAGUACCUGCAAAGUUUCUACCUCCAGGCUGUAGAGACAUACACGGUGAAAUAUGUCAAGAACUCCCAAGGAAGGAAAGGAAUCAAAACCGCACCGGGUGCGGUCACACACCAUUAUGGGUCAAGAAGAGUUUGGCUCUGGCAAAAAGUCUUACUGGCCAGAACUUGAGAUAACAGGAAAUAUUCGAAACAUAAGUCCAGCUGUAUGGUCCUUGCAGCACCUAACAUCUCUGUACCUGAAUGACAACUGUCUGUCUCGCAUUCCUGCUGAAAUUGCCCGACUGGAACAUCUUAUGUAUCUUGAUUUAUCUUGCAACAAAAUCCGCAGCCUCCCAGCUGAAAUAGGCGAAUUAACACGUCUCAGGGAACUGCUGCUCAACAAUAACCAAUUGCGUGUUUUGCCUUAUGAAAUAGGCAAGCUUUUCAAUCUGCAAAAUAUUGGCCUAAAAGGCAACCCUCUUACAAUGGAGAUUCAAGCUGUCUACUCAGAGUCCAAUGGUACACUAAAGCUUCUCUCUUACAUGCUCGACAAUUUAGCAGGUAAGGACAAAAUUGGUGUAGUUAUUUGUUCAUUAUAUUAUGUUGAUAAACUGCAGAGUCCUGAAGCUGUUAGAUUAGGUUAUGAAAGUUGUGGAAAGAGUGAUGGAGAAAAUGAUAGGAGAAUGGAGAUUAACAGAAUGAAGUUUGGGUUCAUGCUAGGUAAUUAUGUGAUCUUAGCUAGGCUGGAGAAACUCAACACUGGGGAUAUGUACUUGGGUUGCGUUGAUGUGUUCCAUUACCAGGGUGACUUGAUCAGUGUUGGAGGCGGUGCUGAAGUUUUCUCAAUUACAAGAGUCAGAUGUGGCUGGAAGAAGUUUAAGGUCGUUGCUUCCUUUAUUAAGAUCAAGAGGACGUUCUCCACAAAGAAAGGAGAGAAGUAUGCAUCUAGCUUUGACAGGUGUGAUGUAUAUUUGUAUGGUAGUAAAAUAUGGCAAGUUAAAGAGGAUGACAUACACAGGCUUGAUUGA